AUGGAUGGUAAUCCAGAAGUGCAAGAAAACUCACUUUUGGUCGUAGUGCGGAAUGAGAGGCCUGAUGAGAACUGGGAUGAUGAUCAGCUUCUUGGAUUUGAACCGUGCAAUGAAAACCUUAUAACAGGUUGUAACAUAAUCAACGGGAAAUGCAAAUGUGACACCAUUCGGACCUGUAAUAAUCCAUUUGAAUUUCCAAGCCGGGAUACUUGCCUGUCUGCCUUAAAAAGGAUUGAAGAAGAGAAACCUGAUUGCUCCAAGGCCCGCUGUGAAGUCCAGUUUUCUCCUCGCUGUCCAGAAGAUUCCAUCUUGAUUGAAGGCUAUGCCCCUCCUGGAGAAUGCUGUCCACUCCCGAGCCGCUGUGUGUGUAACCCUGCGGGCUGCUUGAGGAAGGUUUGCCAACCUGGCUAUUUGAAUAUCUUGGUUUCUAAGGCAUCAGGGAAGCCGGGGGAAUGCUGUGAUCUCUAUGAAUGUAAACCAGUGUUCAGCGUGGAUUGCAGCACAGUCGAAUGCCCUCCUGUUCAACAAGUCGUUUGCCCACUGGAUAGCUAUGAAACCCAAGUCAGGCUGACGGCUGACGGCUGCUGUACCCUGCCCACAAGAUGCGAGUGUCUCUCUGGUCUCUGUGGUUUCCCCAUGUGCGAGGCAGGCUCCAUUCCCCAGAUAGUCUCGCGUGGAGAUGGAACACCCGGCAAGUGCUGUGAUGUCUUUGAAUGUGUCAAUGAAGUGAAGCCAAGUUGCAUAUUUAACAGCAUGGAAUAUUACGACGGAGAGAUGUUUCGGAUGGAUGCCUGUCGUUUCUGCCGAUGCCAAGGUGGAGUCUCUAUUUGUUUCUCUGCCCAGUGUGGUGAGCUACACUGCGACAGGUACUAUGUGCCAGAAGGAGAGUGCUGCCCGGUGUGUGAAGACCCAGUUUAUCCAGUAAAUAACCCUGCUGGCUGCUAUGCCAAUGGUCAGAUCCAAGCUCACGGAGACCGCUGGCGAGAGGACGACUGCACCUUCUGCCAGUGCAUCAAUGGAAAGCCACACUGUGUGGCAACAGCCUGUGGGCAGAGCUGCCUAAAUCCUGUUAAAGUCCCUGGGGAGUGCUGCCCGGUGUGUGAAGAACCAACAUACAUCACAAUAGGUCCACCCACCUGUGAGAUUUUGGUGAACUGCACUUUGACUGAAAAAGACUGUAUCUAUAGCUUCAAACUGGACCAAAAUGGUUGCCGCAUUUGUCAGUGCAAAACUAGGGAGGAGCUCUGCACCGGCCUCAUUUCGGGCUGUUCCUUAGACUGUUCCUUCGGCUUCCAGACUGACGCCCACAACUGUGAGAUCUGUCAGUGCCGACCCCGGCCUAAGAAGUGCAAACCCAUUGUAUGUGACAAGUACUGUCCCUUUGGAUACUUGAAGAACAAGCAUGGCUGUGAAAUCUGUCGGUGUAAGAAAUGCCCGGAACUGCCUUGUGGUAAAAUCUGUCCCAUGGGUUUCCAGCAGAACAGCCACGGCUGUGUUAUCUGCAAGUGCAGAGAGGCAGCUGCUUCUCUUAUGCCUCCUGUUAAAACAGGCUCUUGCCUGUCAAUGGAUGGGCGCCGACACGAGAACGAGGAGAACUGGCACGACGGCUGCAGGGAGUGCUACUGUCACAAUGGACGGGAAAUGUGUGCCCUGAUCACCUGCCCCGUGCCAAACUGUGGCAACCCCACCAUACAUCCAGGGCAGUGCUGCCCGUCGUGUCCAGAUGAAAUAAUUGUGCAGAAGCCCGAUCUCACCAGUCCAUCAAUCUGUCAUGCUCCUGGUGGGGAAUACUUUGUAGAAGGAGAGACAUGGAAUAUUGAUUCUUGCACACAAUGCACAUGCCACAGUGGACGUGUCCUGUGUGAGACUGAAGUCUGUCCACCUCUUCUUUGUCAAAACCCCACCCGCACACAGGACUCCUGCUGUCCACAGUGCCCAGAUGAGCCUCUUCAGCCCUCUUCAUCAAGCAAUGAGAGCAUGCCCAGUUAUUGCAAAAAUGAUGAAGGAGAUAUUUUUCUGACAGCCGAGUCCUGGAAACCCAAUGUCUGCACUAGCUGCAUUUGCAUGGAUGGUGUGAUUAGAUGCUACUCUGAGUCUUGCCCACCAGUAUCCUGUGAGAGACCUGUUUUGAGAAAGGGACAAUGUUGUCCUUACUGUAUUGAAGAUACAGUGCCAAAGAAAGUGGUCUGCCACUUCAGUGGGAAGACGUACGCAGACGAGGAGCGCUGGGACAUUGACAGCUGCACACACUGCUACUGCCUGCAGGGGCAGACGCUCUGCUCCACCGUCAGCUGCCCGCCGCUCCCCUGUGCUGAGCCCAUCAACGUGGAGGGCAGCUGCUGUCCCAUGUGUCCAGAGAUGUAUGUACCUGAACCUACUAAUAUCCCCAUUGAGAAGACAAAUCAUCGAGGAAACAUUGAACUAGAAGUACCAAACUGGCCAACACCAAGUGAAAAUGACAUCAUCCACAUUCACAGAGACAUGAAUCAUCUGCAGGGAGGGUACAGAAGUGGCAGUGGACCACACCCAAGUGAAGAUGCAUCAGUUAGCUCUGUUGCCUUGGUGACAAUUCCAAUCACAGUAGCGCUGUUACUGAUCAUCGUCCUUCUGCUUGUCAAUCAGAAGAAGCAGUGGAUUCCAGUGUCCUGCUACAAAGCUCCAACAAAGCCUUCCUGCCUAAACAACCAACUGGUAUAUGUGGACUGCAAGAAAGGUACCAUGGUCCAGGUGGACAGUUCUCAGAGGAUGCUAAGAAUUGCAGACCCAGAUUCAAGAUACAGUGGAUUUUACAGCAUGCAGAAACAGAACAACCUACAGGCAGAUAAUUUCUAUCAAACGGUUUGAAGACUUGCACCCUUACCAAGGAUUUAAGAAAGAGAAAGAGAGAGAGAGACUAAGUCUGCUAUUAAAAUAAAACUAGAAUUGUGCACUUGCUUAGUGGAUUGUAUUGGAUUUGUGACUACAUGUACAGCUCUAAGACCUUACUGGGACGAGCUCUGACUCCUGCAAUGUGCCAGAAAAAGCAUUCCCACUUUUCCUUGAGAUAACUGACCAAGUGUUUUCUUAGAACCAAAGUUUUAAAACUUGUUAAGAUGUAUUUGCUUGUAACAUAGCUAUAGAGGUUUUUUGGGAGGGGUAAUCAGGGGCUAGGGGUAGGCAAUGAGAUAAAAGGAAGCUUCAGAGAAGAAAAGCUGGUCAUGCUUGGCUGGAGAAGAAAAUGGAAUAAAGAAUACUGCUGAGCAGCAGGAUAGUGUUUUUUCCUGUUGCUCUGAAAUUGCAUCUGUUGCAGCAAAGCCUAACCCCAGGU